GAAGUCAAUGAGGGUGUCAAAUUUGGUCGAAAAUAAAAUUAAUUGCUUAUUAGCGAAGUGAGAUUUAUUUGACCGGAUAUAAGUUUCGUAGUACAUUAGCUGUUACUCUUGAACUGAAAUAAGUAGGACACGUGACAACCCGUGCAACGUUAAAUCGAAAUGGAUAUGCAUAUUCAUGAGAUAAAGGCUCUCACCAUUGGAUACAUGCGGUGACGUCAACAACCCUAUCAUGUAAUCCACCAAUCCAAAGAAAGGAUAGGCGGGAGCUAGACAGCCCGCCGGGCGGACAACGAACUCCCAUUGGUGGGACGGAGAUACAUGUAUCUUCUCAGUAUAUCCGUAAUCUUUGUAUCUAUUCAUCACACACACGCUUUCCUCUCCUCUGUUGCUGGGGUCUUGAACGUGCUAGUCGAGCUAUCCUCCAAACAGACCGCUAUAACUACCCAGCAAUGUCAGCUCCCUCUCCUCCCACCCCACCGGCUGACGCUUCGGCGGGGACAGAAUCAUGCUUCCCCCCGGGAUACAAGCCUUUCCGUCCCGAAGAGCAUGGCCUGGACGCCGGCUUCCGCCUGACGGGCUUCUCGGAUAUGAAGGGAUGAGGAUGCAAGGUCCCCCAGGAGACGCUGCUCAAACUCCUGGCGGGACUGGAGCCUCACCGGCCCGGGGAAACCGGGGACCAAGGCACCGAUUUCGGACAACUCACUCCCAACAACACCUCCGCUGGCCCCCGACUAGGUAUAGGCAUGGACUCCUGUGUGGUGCCUCUGCGACAUGGAGGCCUCUCAUUGGUCCAAACUACAGACUUCUUCUACCCUCUGGUGGAUGACCCCUACAUGAUGGGAAGGAUAGCGUGUGCUAAUGUCCUCAGUGAUCUGUAUGCUAUGGGCAUCACAGAGUGUGACAACAUGCUGAUGCUACUCAGUGUCAGCCAGAAGAUGUCAGAGCAGGAUCGUGAGCGUGUGAUGCCUCUGAUGAUCCGUUUAUUAGAUAUUACUGUCUGCCAACCCAACGAGUUCAUCAUGCCAGACAGUGCAGUACCAGGGGACGUGUUGGUGCUGACCAAGCCUCUAGGAACCCAGGUAGCUGUCAACGCUCACCAGUGGCUGGACCAGCCAGAGAGGUGGAAUAAGAUCAAGCUAGUGGUCUCUAAGGAGGAAGUGGAGCAGGCCUACCAGGAAGCCAUGUUCUCCAUGGCAACGCUCAACCGCACAGCGGCAGGCCUCAUGCACAGGUUCCAGGCCCACGCUGCAACAGACGUGACUGGGUUUGGGUUGCUAGGGCACGCCCGUAACCUAGCGACGAUGCAACGCGCUGAGGUAGCCUUCGUCAUCCACAACCUCCCCAUCAUUGCCAAGAUGGCCGCCAUCAGCAAGGCCUAUGGAAACAUCUUCAACCUGCUCGGGGGGACGUCCUCGGAGACAUCUGGUGGCCUUCUAGUAAGUCUGCCCAGAGAGCAGGCGGCCCGGUUCUGUGCGGAGGUGAAGGGUCAGGGGUCUGGGGGUGGAGCCUGGAUCAUCGGCAUCGUGGAGAAAGGAGAACGCGGCGCUCGCAUCAUCGACAAACCACGCAUCAUCGAGGUCCAACCGAGAGGGACCGCUGCAGCCAAUCAGGAGAACAGCAGCUCUACUAGUCCAGCUCCCGGCGAUACGCCGUCAUAGACUCUCCCUCUUACGCGUGUUGCUGUCCAUCUCUUUCCCUCGUUUAGCCACAGGAGCUACAGGCCAAAACACCGAACAUGGAGAGGGAAUGGACAACACUCCAAAUGGUUCCUCUUUUAAAUUAAAGUAACAUUCCAACAGUUUUCCCUCCAAUCAGUGAAUGGGAAAUAGAUCAAGUUGUGUAUGUGAUUUUAGAGUGUGGGUCAGAACAUUCUCCUGGUGAAACUUUUGUCAUUGUGGGAGUGGUUGGAAAAAAAUGUUUAUUUAAUGUGUUUCUAUUGGAUAUUUGGCUUGUCUAUAAGGAUGUCUGGCUCUACCCAUUGGUUCAGAGGCAGGGUUGAGCAGCUCUCUCUGGACCAAUGGGGUUGUCCGGUAUGUCCUCUGCCAGCUGACUGGCUGCUCAGCUCAAAGCCCCCCCUACCUGUUUAUGAAGCUCCGCCUUCCAAACCUCAGCCAAUGGGGCCAGGCGGAGUGGAUGUCUGUCUCAGGAAGGGGGUGGGGCUCAUGGGCUGGGUUCCAGCCAUUGGCUAUGUGUUUCUGGAUAAUUCACAAUCAAUAAACCGAUCAUCAACUCAC